AUGGAUACCUCAAGAUUCGAUCGUAUCACUGACUUGACAAGCAACAGAACAAACUGGAAGAUUAAGGUUCGACUUACACGACUCUGGAAGAGCAUCAAUACAAGUACAGACACUUUCAAAGGUUAUAAUAUGAUACUGCUUGAUGAUGAUAAAACACAUAUUCAUGCUUUCGCCGGACUGGAUUUUGUCAAUGGGAUCAACGAAGUUCCUGAAGAGGGAAAGGUUUACAUCAUAUCAGAAUUUAAUGUUGAUGAUGCAACUUAUUCUUAUUCAGCUGUUAGUAACAAAAAAGAAAUAUAUUUUCUUAAACGCACAAACAUGACACUGAUCGAGGAGGAUGACGGAAUGAUUCCAGAAUAUAAGUUUGAGUUGGUCGCUUUCAACGCUCUCAAAAGCAGAGUUGGAGACACCAAGAUCUUGACAGAUCUUAUGGGGUUAGUUGAAAAUAUACUUCCGAUGCAAAGCCGCAACACAGCCACGGGCCCAAAAGACAUAUUACUGUUUGACAUUACAGACGGGAGGCUAAAUGCUAUAAAUGGACCCAUUACUGUGGAUCAUAAUGCUUCAGUGACUGAGUCUUUGGACAAGACGAUACAAACAUAUAAUCUGAAGCAAAUUACCGACCUUAGACAUUCAGAUAUGCAAAACCUGGAGGUGAUAUGUCAUGUAUCCGUCACUAGCAUCGAUGCACAGUCUAGAUGGUGGUUUUAUAGUUGUGACGCAUGCCCGAAGGAACUCUCUUUCAUCGACAAUAACUACAAGUGCGAGGAAUGUGGCAAAACUGUAUUCUACCCUGACAAGAGGUUCAAGGUCUCUAUGUACGUUACUGAUCCCACUGAUACAAUUCAAGUGUUUAUGUUCGAUCGUGAGGUCAGACGUUUAGUUUCAGCCACUGUAAACGGUUUAAUUGGUCAAAAUAUUAAGGAAGGAAAGGGAGACCAACUCCCGGAAAAAUUGCUCAACAUCGUUGGGACAAGACUUACUCUCACUUUAUCCCUAAAUGCUAAAAACUUAGUUGAUGGCAAUUCGGUCUAUUUUGCUUCAGAUGUAGUCAAGGUGGUUGCAACUUCUGAAAAUGCAUCAAGUGAACACACUUCUGAACAAAAUACUAUGGUUCCAGCUUCCGAUCUCAACGGUCAUGUUGUUGAUACCCCGACGGAGAUAAAACCACCACCAAUCAAACGUGUACACAACAAACACGACGGGCCUAACAAAAAGAAUAAAUCUUAA